AUGGGGAUAUGGUUGAACCAAUCAUCUAUAGAUGGCUUCAUCCUCUUGGGAAUCUUUUCUCAUAGCCAGGCUGAUCUUGCCCUGUUCUCUGUGGUUAUGGUGGUCUCCACAGUUGCUCUCUGUGGGAAUGUCCUCCUCAUCUUCCUCAUCUACAUUGAUCCUUGUACACCCAUGUACUUCUUCCUCAGUCACCUCUCCCUCAUGGACCUCAUGUUGGUCUGUGCCAUUGUGCCCAAGAUGGCAGUCAACUAGUCUGGCUGAAAAUCCAUCUCCUUUGUGUGUUGUGGCAUACAAAUUGUUUUUUUCAUCUCUCUUGUGGGAUCUGAAGGGCUCUUGCUGGGACUCAUGGCUUAUGACUGCUAUGUAGCCAUUAGCCACCUACUUCACUAUCCCAUCCUCAUGAGUCAGAGGGUCUGUCUCCAGCUUGCUGGGAGUUCAUGGACUUUUGGGAUAAUAGAUGGAAUGAUGCAGAUGGCAGGAGCCAUGAGCUUACCCUACUGUGGCUCAGGGAAUGUGGACCACUUCUUCUGUGAGGUGCCAGCUUUAUUGAAACUGGCCUGUGCAGACACAUCCAUUUUUGAUACCCUGUUUUUUGCUUGCUAUGUAUUCAUGCUGCUCCUGCCCUUCUCCAUCAUCGUGGCCUCUUACGUUUGCCUCCGGGGAUCUGUGCUCCCCAUGCACUCUGCUCAGGCCCAUAAAAAGGCUCUGGCCACCUGUUCUUCCCACCUGACAGCUGUGUCCCUCUUCUAUGGGGCAGCCAUGUUUAUCUAUCUGAGACCCAGGCGCUACCAGGCCCCAAGCCAUGACAAUGUGGUCUCUAUCUUCUACACAGUCCUUACUCCUAUGCUCAACCCUCUCAUUUAUAGCUUGAGGAACCGGGAGGUGAUGGGGGCCCUAAAAAAGGGGCUGGAUCGUUGCAGGAUUGGCAGUCGGCACUGA